AUGUCACUGAAUGUUCUCUCAAGAGAAUUGAUAUUAACUAAGAAAGAUGUCUUGAUUAGUAGAAUAUACAAAGUGGCAGUACUAUCGGCUUUAGCUGGUGCAGCACCGGUACCUGGACUUGAUAUUGCUGUAGACACGUUAGUUCUUCUUGAAGAAGCCAUAUUUUAUCGAUCUCAGUUUGGUCUAGACGAGGACUCUUUGAGGAAUCACGCUAAACUACAUAGAAUGUCGUUGGACGAUUUUAUCGAAAGAGUGGGACUAGAAAGCAGUAUGGUCGAGUUUUCCAAAACCGGCAUAAUAAUGUAUUUAUCAAAGAUUGGAGUAACGAGUGCUGCGUCAUACGCUACAAAAAACAUUUUGAAAUACACUUUGCCAGUGGUAGGAAACAUAAUAAGCGGUACAGCCGCCUAUACUUCGGCAACAUAUUGCUUAAAUAGUAUACUGGAUAUGAUGGUCAAUGACGCAUUGAAAAUAAACGAUUAUCGUCCUAAGGAAUAA